AAGCAAUCUCUCAACCGUAGGCGUUUGGUUGGAGGUUUUGUUCUGCUCGGUUAGGGGCGUCGUCGAUGGCGAGAUCGGGGAGGGGAGGAGGCGGCGGCGGCGGCAGUGGCCGAUGGCGGAGCACCGGCAGCGAUAUGGCGAAGGCAACGCGAUGAAGUGCAAGAGCCACCCGUACGAGCAGGGCGUCGGCGUUUGCGCCUCCUGCCUCCGGGAACGCCUCCUCGCCCUCGUUGCCGCCCAGAACGAGCUCUCCGCCAACCACCAUCGUCGCCGGAGAUCCGACCCACCCCCGCAGCCUCCGCCGCCUCUGGUGUUCCCCCGUUCCAGCUCCCCUUACGUUUCCCACCGUCGAUCCGUCGGAUUCGACGCCUCCCCUGCCCACCCCCACCCCCACCACAACACGCGGUUCUUCAGCACCCCGCAGGUCGGCCCCACCUUCGGCGAUGCGGCCGAUGGCGGCCGGUUCGGCGAGAUCAGCGGCGGACGCAGGCGCAGGUUCUCUUUUAGGACCUUCUUCGGGCAUCACAGGUCGGAUGAGGCGGAGCCCGGUUUGGGGGCUUCCAAGGGUUCGGCACCGGGUUCUUGGUUCUCAGCUCUAAUCCGAGGCCGCAGGAAGAAGGCGCAUCUCUCCUCGGCCGCAGAGGAGGAGGAGGAGGAGGCGCCGCCGGUGGGAGCGCGGCGAUCGCGCCGAACAGUAGAGAGGGGAAUGCCGCCAACAAUGGAGUACGAGGACGACAACGACGACGGCAACGGAUACACCAGCGACAAGUGUCGGCGAAGGCCAACCCCGACGCCGAUGCGGCUGUUCCCAGCAGCCCACCGGCCACAUCGCAGCAUCAGCGCCGUCUCGGGCUUCUCCGCCUGCCUGAGCCCAUUGGUGAGGUUCAGGUCCGACGCACGGAGAAGCCAUACGGCGGAGCCGGAGAUCUCCCGCGACAUCAGUAGCCCGUCGUACCCCAUCGAGCACUGGAACCCCGCCGCGCUCGGGCCCAACCUGUCUAGAAAUGUGGCGGCGUCCAAAAAACUCAAAUGACGACUUUGUCCCCUAACGAAAUCCCCAUUUUACCACACGCUGAGUGUUGAGAAGUCAACGAAUCUUGGCAUAUGCUUCCGACAAAAAUGGCUCUACCCGGAUUGACUUUUGGCAGGAGACACGAUAUGGUUUGGCUGAGUUGUCGAUGAUGUGACAUCGGAUGGCAAAGGGGUUGAACUGCUCCAGCACUGGUGAUCGGCCGUCAACUCACCAAUGAUUUGAUUUGGGGGACGGUUGGAUUCUUCUUCUUCUUCUUCUUCUUGCUCAGUGGAGAAGAAUAUGAUUGUUGUGCCCGUCGAGUAAGGAUGGGCAGGUAGGGUCACAUGUUGGCCGAGAGAGAGCACCUUCCGUGGUUGAAUGAACAACCAACCCACGGUGCAUACUUGAGAGGGAGAUUGGUGAGCAAUUGCUUGCUCACCCAAUGCUCAUGCUCAUGCUCAUACCAAUGCGAGCAUCCACAUUCCUCUCACAUGCUCAUUAAUAAGAUGGCAUGCUAAUCUCUUUCUGUUUAUAACUAUAGAUAAAUAGUUUCUAA